AUGAGUGACGCGACUACUUCCCUGCUCACAGAGCACUUCAGCUACACGCCCCUGUCUCUCAUCGACGACAUUAUCAACUCGAUCAACAACCUAAUCUACCAGGCCAUCUCUAGUCUAGAGACCGGACUGCUGUCUACUCCUCCCGAACGAUUGGGCUUUUCUCAUGCGAACAAUGGCUCGACUAUACCCGACACCGAUGAAGACGGGAAUGUUGUUUACCCGGAGGCACAACUGGAGAUUGAAAAUGGGCUGCAUCAGCUAGAAACGCUUCUCGAGGCGACGGUAGACAAGACUUUCGAUAAGUUUGAGCUUUUCGUGCUGCGCAAUACGUUCAAGAUCCCAGAUGAUCUGAUGGGGUGGAUUCGAUUGAAGCAUUAUGAGAAUCUCAACAUAGCUCCUCCGCCCGAUGCCCCUACCCAAGAGACAAUCACCGCGCAACGGAAGAAGCUACAUGAAACCAAGAAACUGAACCGGGCGUUGAAGCAAGAGAGCGCACGUAAUGAGGCUGCUAUUGAUCAGCUACGCUCGAUUAUAACAAAGACACAGGCCGCAAAGCAGGAGAAUGAAGUCACGCCCAACGGCCAAAAGGACUUGGAUUUGUCAUUCUUGACUUCCAGCCUACCUGCUCAACAGCUACGCGUUGGCGUUACUGCCGGAUCGAAUACCCAACACACGCCAAUCACAACAAACACUACGUUUAUUUUGUCCCAGCUUCCUGCACUACAUGCGCUGCUGAAGGAACUUCGACCCAAGUUGGCUACUCUACCACAGUCCGGAGAGAAAAUGGAGACGGAGUCGAAAGCCGAUGCGAGACAAGAAUACAUUGAGAGCAGGGUCAGGCUGCAUCUCGAGCGGGCCGGUCAGCUGGCGGUCGGUAGCGAUGGCAAUACAGUUGUUGCGGGCCGUAAGAUCGACAUUACAGAAGCACAGGCCCUUGAGGCUGUCACAGGAAUGCUUACGCAAGAGGAUCAAAAGUCGGCCUAG